AUGUCUUCACAAAAGACUAAGAAGAGUUCUCACCAUGAGGCAGAUUCCAAAAUGGAACAUGAUACCAAUAGAAAAGCAUGGAUUUUUCAACCCAAUGGUCUUAACUUUGUUUGGGGAGGUGACUCAAGAUAUUGGGUUAUACCAAAUGAACCAAGGAAGCCUGCGGAGUUGAAGAGGGUGAGUUGGUUAGAAGUAACCCGUUCGUUCGAGAAGCUAGAACCCGAAAAAACAUACAUAAUCGGUUUUAAAAUCUCGUUUACACCGAACGCAACCGGUUGGGACGAAUCCCCGGUUUUUAUGUCUGCUAAAAUUGGAAAGAAAGGCAAGACGGUUUGGAAACGGAUCAAAUCCAUUAACCAGAACUUCCGUAAACAGAAAGGCGGAUCAGAACCGGUCAACAUACCUGAUGAGACCGAUGGCCAGUUUGAAAUCGCAGUUAGUCCCACAUCCGUUAACCAAGAUACCAAGCUUCAGUUUGGUCUGUAUGRGGUGUGGACCGGACGAUGGAAGACUGGGUUGUUGAUCCAUGAAGCCUUCGUUCAAGAAGUGUAA